UCAGCUCCCAUGAGGGCGGCUCUUUAAAUUGCCCCCAAAACUCCUUCGGGCUGGCGCCUUUUCUUUAUCUGCAGGAGACGAGACGCACAUGCUAUUUAUAGGACGCUGUGGAAUAACCUGCACAACCUCCUGCUGCAUUACUGAUCCGAAAACUAGAAGCCGACAUGAGUGACCAGGACACCCAGGAGAAGGCACCAGCGAAAAGGGGGCGUGGAAGACCCCGCAAGGAGGCCCAGGUAAAAAGUUCUGACGAGCCUAGUGGAUCCCCAACUACAAAGAGGCCCAGAGGACGGCCGAAGGGCAGCACAGGGAAGAAGUCCGCCAAGAGUAAGACGACGGCAGCAGCUAAACCUGGUGCUAAACGCAGGGGAAGACCCAAGAAGGAGGAGAAGGAAGAAAAGGCAUCCCAAGAAUCAUCUGAGGAAGAGGAGGAGGAGGAAGACCAGUAACUCACAACGCAUGCUACCUCACUCAACAUACUGACUUACUGUUAACCAGAACUGGGCUGUAUCUCCAACACCAGUGCCACCACAACCACCACUGUUCACACAGCCCUCUUUGCCAAAGGAGGGUUAACAACAGUACAUAAAAAUCUCUUCAUGCAACAGCACUGGAUAAACAAUGGACCUUUCUCAAGCAUAAAUCUAAGAAUUACAUGAAAGGUAACAGCCCUUUUCUCUCUGUCAUGUUACCACAAGUCUUUUAUACUGGACAAAAGUAUGCUCUGAGGAGCCUGGACCUUUUUUCCCCUCCCCUUACAGAUGGUUUGUAGGACAUUUUCUCUCAGCUUAAUGUUACUUAUUUGUUGUACCCGCAUCUGAGAUGGUAGGGCAUAUAGACUUUCUCCAUGUUUUGUACUGGACAAAGGUGAAUUUUACCUAUACUUGGCUUUGUUUUUGUUUUUUUGUUUUUUGGUUUGUAUGUUUGUGUGUGAAGUGAUUAACCUAUCCUUUUCAUCUUAACAUAGAUGGAGGAAUUGAGCUUCAGCAUUUAGAAUGAGAAUAGGUAACUGAUGGUAGAAAUGUUUUUCCAUGUGUAAUCUGUGUAACUGACUUCAGCCCUAUUUCACCAGUAGAGCAGAAUCCCCUUUAUCAACCCGCCAGUCUGAUCAGAAUUACUGUUAAUUUUUUUUUUUGUGUGUGUGUGCGUGUGUGUACGUUUGUGUGUGCGUGUGUGUGUGUGUGUAAUGUUUCUUUGGUUCACAUACCCUCAAAAAAAACAUGAGUGUGCUGCUUUUUAUUUGAUAAUAAAACUCAACUUAUGGUUACAUGUGUGUGGUUCAAGGAUAGGCUGGCAGUUAUAGGCUGAGAGCAUUGGGUGUCAUUUUCUUCAGGGAGCUUUUUACAAAUGCUGUUACUUUGGCAUCUGUCUUCAUAUGGUCCUCACUUUCCUCGCGCUCACUCAAUCAACUGUAAGGCAACCGGUAAUUGGUCUACCAAGUAGUUUGAUUGUAAGAGGGUAGUGGCACUACUAUCCAAUGGGGCUGUACAUUUUUUUUUUCAUUCCAUUUAUCUCACUGCUUCACCUAGCUUAGUCCUUAUGUGUCAUUACUUAGUGUAGUAGUAUGAAUUACUUCUCUAGUCUUUUGAGGAUGUGUUGUAUGCUGACUGCUACAGGCAAAAAAGAUGUUUUGUUUGUGUAUUCCUAAGUGUCAGGGAACUCUUGGUCACAGUCCAAUUACUGGGUUUUUCCACAAACCUAAGCUGCUACAACCUCAGUUACAAAACCCGGCAAACUGCAAACAGGCAAUACAGAGCCUGGAAUUUCAUACCUCACUCAACAGCUUACUUCACCAUAUAAUUGCAUUUAACUGGUUUCUGUUGUUCAGUAUAACCUCUGGCAAGAGUUUGGAAGAUGUCUUUAUUACAUAGUUUUUGAUGUUUUUUUUUUUUGUUUUUUUUUUAACCUGACUGUAAUGAGUUGUCGUGAUGAUGGCCGAGUUUGUGAUUGUGUGCAUACACGCGCUGCUUGGUUCGUUCAACAGAGCUUGCAGACAGGUUGUUUUAAUGUGUGAAGCAAGUCAGGGAGACCUGUCAGCUUAGCAACUGUGUUCGCUGACUGUGGUAGAUUAGCAGGUGUGUUUUCUGUUUUUUCUGUUAAUUUUUUUUUUUUUUAAAUAGAUCUUCUGGUGCACUGAAAUGUUGGUUCAGAUUUUCAUGGACAAAUGUUUGUGUGUUUGUGACAAAGACUGGGCGCGCUCUCCACUUUCAUUAUCCUGUUAUUGGCCUCAGUGUGUUUGGCACAACCACACACAGCCAUCCUCCCCAUAUUUCAUACAGACUGAUCAUAUCAGCUCACAUUCUCCAACUACUCUGACCAUAUCCAAUGCCAUUUUACAUACCAACAUCUGCAUAUGUUCAUUUAUACUGUAAGGUCAAUAGGAUUGGGAUCAUUCUUUUUAAUGUACACUGUCUAUAAAUGUACAAUGUCUAUAUUUCUAUGGUGCCCUACGACAGUUUGUAUCCAGAAAUGGUCAAUAAAGACAAGAAUUUA